GACGCAUUUCUUUGUAGAAGCAACAACAUGAAAGGCUCCUUUGCAACUUCACCCUUUCUGGGUGUUUUAAUUUUGUUCGGUUCAAGUUUCAUCGCUUCCGCCAGGAAUAUCGAGUGGAACGAUUUGAAAAUUGCCAACGGCCAUCACCAGGAAGUCGGCCGAGAAUCCUGCGUGGAAGAUUAUUCGCCGUGCACUUGCAUCAACAGUCCUUCUUACGGAUUGGAGAUCAUCUGUGACAGCGUCGACGCCCAAACAAUUCAACAAGUUUUCAGCCGGACCACCUCCAACGAUUUGUUCUCAUUUCAACUGACAGUCCCUCCACCGUCUGAGGGAAACGUCGUCGCCAUUCCGGCCGAUUUGCUGAGCGGGAAACGGGCCGGCAACAUCCUCGUGACUUGCCCAGUUCCGCAGUGGCAAUUGACGAUAGAUGCCGACGCUUUCCGUCCGUCCAGUGACUUUGCUUUCUUCUUCUUCAGCGCCGGAUGCGAUCAGAGUCAACUCGACUUUUCUUCCUUUCUCAAUAGUUUCCUCAAAUUGAGCACCAUCUUCAUCAGCCAGUCGUCCAACGUCCAAAACAUUCAGAAUCUGCCCGCUCUGCCUAGUCUGACCCAACUGGCCAUCACUUACAGCACAGGGCUGGACCAGAUUGCCGAUUUCUCCCGUCUUGGGCGCACUCAGUUGAAACGUCUCUGGCUGAAUGGCAACCAACUGGGCGACCAAAUCGUCGGCGACAUGUUGAACGCCAUCGCUUCUUCCCCGUCGGCUGCUUCCGCCCUAGAGAUGCUGUGGUUGACGACCAAUCAGUUGACGCAGAUUCCUGCCCAGAUGGAUUCGUUCUCUCAGCUGAUGCAGCUGGAUUUGUCCAACAACAGUUUGCCAGCACUCAUUGCUAGUGGCUCUUUCGUCUUCAACGCUCCUGUCGAUUAUUUGUACCUGGAAUCCGACGGUAUCAGCAGCAUCGAACCCGAUGCCUUUCAAGGUGAUUUUAGCCGAGGACAAAUUUACCUUCGCUCCAACAGUUUGACCAGGUUCGAGGAAGCCGUUUUCAAGUCGCUACUGGAGCAGAUGGUCGUCACUAACGGCGGUGGUCUAGUCAAUCUCGAGUCUAACCCAGUGAAUUGCGGCGAUUGCCAUCUGGCCUGGCUGAUUCGCGACAACCCGAAUUUGCUCAGCGCUGUCAAAUCGGCCACUUGUUCCGAUGGAACUCCGUUCGCAUCCCUGAGCCCAUCCAUUUUCUCCAGUUGCCCGUAAAAACCUCCAAUCAUGCAGAGCAAUAAACCAGUUAUUCAAU